GAGAGGCAGAGUGGGCACCUUGUUUCAGAUCGAGUGAAUGCGGCCGCCUCCCUCUUCUCCGCGUACAAGGACGACUUUGUGGGCAGCGAAAUCAACGCAGCAGCAGCGCGCAAGUCUGCGCCGCGGCUUCGCUCCCAGCAAGGUCGCAGCGCGUGCCCGCGCAAGGAGGAGGAAGCUGCAGUGUGCGGCUUUGGCUCGCGUGCCGUGUGUUUAGCUUUGAGUUGCGCAGCAUUCUUCCGCCCCCAUAUUCCAUGAUUCGGUGCGCCCUGGUCCAUGGAGACGCAUCGCAUCUCGGAGACCUCACCAGCAAAUUAGCCGCGUAGCGGCGGCUUAGAGGUUGCCGAAGACAGCGGAUCGACGGACGAAGCAAGUUCCCAAGAACCACUUGCUGCUAUUAGGCAUGGCAGAAGGCAUUGUUGCCUCACUGAUGGUCAAGCUGGGAGUGGCCUUAGCAACUCAGGCGGCAACAUUUGGUGGAUCAUGCAUCGCUCAUGAAGUGACUGCUUUGAGAAGGCUCUUCAGUGAGAUGGAGGAGAUCAAGGAUGAGUUGGAGUGCAUGCAGACCUUCCUGCAGGUUUCUGAGAGGCUCAGAGACCACGACGAAACAAUGGCAACAUUUGUUAGGAAGGUACGGACGCUUUCCUUUGGCAUCGAGGAUGUUGUUGAUGAGUUCAGCUGCAAGUUCUGCGACGAUCAUGGUGGAGCCGCUUCCAGGGCAAUACGGAAGCUCAGGCGCAUCAGGACAUGGCACCGCCUUGCCUUUCGGCUUGUGCGAAUCAAAGCCAGCCUAAAAAUUGCCGUAGAAAGAGUUAAGAUGUUCAACACAGAAGGAAUUAGCAAGGUACAACAACCUCAAGCACAAGAUAAAAAAUUGGGACCAUCAGAAUCUGCUGGCCUUGUAACAGCUGAUUGUCCGGUUGGGAUUGAGCAUAACAGGGACUUGCUGAUUGGAUGGCUAACAGAUGAGAUCCAGCAGAACAUGGUGAUCUCUGUGUGGGGCAUGGGUGGAGUCGGAAAGACUACUCUUGUAACUCAUGUUUACAACAUUAUCAAGCCAAGAUUUGAGAGACAUGCAUUCAUUACAGUUUCACAACACUGUAGGUCCGUUGAUUUGCUAAGACAGAUACUGAAAAAGUUCUGCAAGAAGGAUCACAAUGUAACACUAUCUGAAGGCAUCGAUUCCAUGGAUCGUGAAAGCCUAGUCGAGAUUAUGCAAAGUUAUCUUCAUAGUAGAAGAUAUGUCCUCGUCUUGGAUGAUCUAUGGGAUGCUAAUGUUUGGUUCGAAAUCCGUGAUGCGUUUGCUGGUGGAGAUGGUUCCAGUAAGAUAGUUCUUACUUCAAGGAUCCAUGACGUCGCAUCACUAGCAAAAGACAAGUACAUAAUUGAUCUGAGACCAUUAGAAAGCCAGCAUUCAUGGGAUUUGUUCUGCAAAGAAGCAUUUUGGAAAAUGGAAGAUAAAAGUUGUCCUCGAGAACUGGAAGCAUCGGGUCAGAAAAUUGUAGAGAGUUGUGACGGCUUGCCAAUAGCUAUUGUGUGCAUAGGACGCCUCUUGUCCUUCAGAAGUCAGACUAGUUAUGAAUGGGAGAAAGUGCAGAAAGAUAUUGAGUUGCAGCUAACGAGCAAUUCGAUCCUUGAUAUGAACCUCAUUUUGAAGGUUAGCUUGGAGGAUCUGUCACACAAUUUAAAGAACUGUUUCCUGUUUUGUAGUUUGUUUCCAGAGGUCUACAGGAUCAGAAGGAAGAAGCUGAUCAGAUUCUGGGUAUCAGAGGGAUUCAUUAAAAGAACUGAAACAAGAACAGAGGAAGAGAUUGCCGAGGAUUACCUGAAUGAGCUAGUUAACCGGUGCCUGCUACAAGUUACUAAGAGAAACGAAUUUGGACGAGUUCGUGAAUGUCGAAUGCAUGACGUGGUCCGUGUUCUUGCUCUAUCAAAAUCGAAAGAGGAGAUGUUUUCUGCUGUUUAUGACUGCUCAAAAACAACCUCUUUACUAGGCAAAGCACGAAGGAUGUCAAUUCAGAGUGCUGAUUCUACGCUUUCAAGUCAUGAGAUGACACAUGUGCGAUCGUUACUUGUAUUUGACAAAUGUGUCCCUAUAGAUGCUCUAAGUGCUUCACUCACAUCACUCAAGUUGUUGUCAGUUUUGGACCUACAUGGCAUUCCAAUAAAAAGUAUACCUGUUCAAGUGUUCAGCCUGUUUAAUCUGCGAUUUUUGGGUUUGCGAGGAACUAAAAUUGAUGUGCUUCCUAAAGAAAUAAAAAAAAUACAGAACUUAGAAGUACUGGAUGCUUACAACACAAAAAUUACAUCACUGCCAGAAGAAAUGACAAGGCUCCGGAAGUUGAGGCAUCUCUUUGCAUCUGGAAUCCGAGAUGAUACUGACAGCAAUGUCGUGGUAUCCACUGGUGUAGCUGCUCCUCGAGGCAAAUGGCAUUCCACUAGUCUGCAGACCCUUCAAAAUUUUAAAGCAAAUGACGAGAUGUUGCAGAGCAUUGCAUGUUUGUCCGAGUUGAGGACGCUUGGCAUUACAGAUAUAAGAUCAGGCCAGUCUGCAAGCUUGUGCAGUGCCAUCUCCAAGCUGUCUAAACUUCAACAUCUUUUGGUGUCCUCGAAAGGUGAUGAAGCGCUUCAGCUUUCGUCUGUUCAGCUGCCCCAAACAAUUCAGAAGCUCGAGGUUGGGGGUCUGCUGGGGCAGGCGACAGCACAUAACCUCUUCACUUCCAUCCGAUGCCUUGAGAACAUCACUCAUCUCCAUCUAUGGUUCUCAAUGAUAAAUCAAGAUCUCUUCCGCUACCUCCAAUCAGAUUGUUUGUUGUCGCUCUGUAUUCUGCAGGCGUUUCAAGGUGAGGAUAUGUCGUUCUCUGCAGGAUCAUUUCCCAAACUUCAGUCGCUUGUGGUACACGGUGCAUCACAACUCAGGCGGAUUGAGAUAGAAGAAGGCUCUAUGGUGAACCUGGUCCGCCUUACGGUAACAGGUUGUCCAACACUGAAGGAGCUGCCUCAAGGUGUUGAGUUCCUCCACAAGCUCGAAACGUUGCAGCUCGAGAUCACGGUUGAUGACUUUCUUGAGAAGAUUCAGUCAGAAGAAGAAUGGGAGGUGAACCAGUCGACGGGGCCGUUCCACGCGCUGCUCUGUGUGGGGCAGUUCUUCCCGCCCGAGGCCGCCGAGGGGGACAGCCCGCCGGGGGACGUCGCGGACUAUCUGGAGGGACGGGCCGCCGUGCCCAUCCCGACCUACUUCACCGGCGACUACGGCCCCACUGCGCCUCGCCUCCUCUCGAAGGCUGCUGCCGACGCCCGAGGAUUCAACCCCGGUGGCAUCGAGAUAUGCCCCAACCUAUUCUGGCUCAAGGGCAGCGCCCUCUUCAACCUCCACGGUUUAUCGGUGGCUUACUUGUCCGGAAGGAAAGGGUUAGGAGGGCCUGGCUGCUACAGCCAGGAUGAUGUUGAUGCCCUGCGGGCUCUUGCCGAAGAGCCAGGAAUUGUUGAUUUGUUCUUGACUAACGAAUGGCCAGCUGGAGUGGUGGAUGGCGCUGAUACUUCUAAGGUGCCUCCUCAGGUCUUAGAUCCUCAGGGGUAUGAUCCUGUUGUUGCCGAAUUGGUUGCCGAGAUUAAGCCAAGAUAUCACAUUGCAGGUACUAAAGGUGUAUUUUAUGCAAGGGAACCUUAUGUGAAUGAUUCCUCUCCCCAUGUUACCCGUUUCAUUGGACUUGCUAAUGUGGGUAACAAAGAGAAGCAGAAAUUUAUUCAUGCGAUUUCUCCUACUCCAGCAUCCACCAUGUCCAGUGCUGAUAUUCAUGCGAGACCUCCAAAUGCUACUUUAUCACCAUAUGCUGCUCCAGCAAAAUCUGUUCAUGCUGAAGAUACUCCAAAGCGUCCUGCUGAAAGCACGGAUUUGCAAUAUUGGCGUUAUGAUGUCAAGCGGCAACGACAAGGGCAAACUGAUGGAAGUCUAUUGUGUUUCAAAUAUACAUCCUCAGGGUCCUGUCCUCGAGGGAGUAAAUGCAACUUCAGGCACGAUGAAGAAGCCAGGGAACACUGUCAGAGAAAUGUCUGUUUUGAUUUUUUAAACAAGGGAAAAUGUGAGAGGGGCCCUGAAUGCAGGUUUGCUCACAGCCUUACUGAAGAGGCUGCUGCAAGGGAUGCAAAACCCCGUAGUGAACGACGACGUGUUGAGAGCAGUUGCUGGUUCUGUUUGUCAAGUCCAGAUGUCGAGUCACAUCUUGUUAUUAGUAUCGGAGAUGGUUACUACUGUGCGCUUGCAAAGGGACCACUUGUUCCGGACCAUGUUCUAGUGAUACCGGUUGAACACUUCCCUACUACAAUAGCGAUGCCUGUGGAACCUGAGGCAGAGCUCAGGAGAUAUAAGGAUUCACUGGGCAAGUAUUUUGAGAAACGAGGAAAAGCAGCAGUAUAUUUUGAGUGGGUUUCACAGCAGUCUCGCCAUGCAAACCUUCAGGCUGUCCCUGUACCAUUGUCAAAGGCAGCUAAUGUUAAGAAGAUCUUUCACCUAGCAGCCCAACGACUGGGAUUUGAAUUUUCUGUUGUGAAUCCAGAUGGUGAUGCUAACCAAGGUAGAGAACUGUUAAGGUCGCAGUAUGACGGCAAAUCGGGCUUGUUUUAUGUAGAGCUCCCAGAUGGCACACUACUCUUGCAUAUAAUUGACAGUGGUGAGAAGUUCCCUGCCCAGUUUGGACGUGAGGUAUUGGCGGGAUUGUUAAGCAUGGCAGACCGUGCAGACUGGAGGAACUGUAAGCUUUCCAAGGAAGAAGAAGUUAAGAUGGUGGAUGAUUUUAAGCAAGGGUUCCACGAGUUUGAUCCUGCUGAAUGACAACAUGCUCAAGCCACCUAUCUCUUGGAGGUUGAUGAUGCAUGCCUGAUGUCCAUGACUUCUUAAGCUAAGCCACUGAGACAAGUCCUAGCGUGUCCCCAACAGGUGAGCCGGGCCAUGAUCGAAAACCUGCUGCGGAUUCGUGGUUUUGUAGCUGACCGUACGUAGGUUGGUCAGGUAUAACUACAAGAAAUGAGAAUCGGACAGUCACAAGAAAUUUUCAUUGAUGAGGAAACUGGGCAGUUGAUGGUUGAAUCCAGCCAUUUUUUUUUCAACCUGCCAUUUGAGUCUGUACCGCUUUCCUCUCCCUUCUUUGUUUGAACUCUAGAACAACAAAAAAACAAACAAACAAGAAAUCUAUUGUCAUAGAUGUACAUCUAUGACGCACCCUCCAUCAUGA